UGUGUGUGUGUGUGUGUGUGUGUGUGUGUGUUUCAGGUGUGUGUGGGGCGUUGUUUCUCUACAUCAGCACUGACUACGUGUUUGACGGGAGGAAUCCUCCGUACGGAGAGGACGACUGUCCAAACCCUCUCAACGUCUAUGGACGCAGCAAACUGGAGGGAGAGAGAGAGACACUGAGACACAGUCCAGGUGCGGUGGUGCUGCGGGUGCCCGUCCUCUUCGGGGAGGUGGAGUCAGUGACAGAGAGCGUGGUGACAUCACUGUGGCUGAAGGUCCAGGAGACAAAUGAGAGCUGCACGCUGGACCAUGUCCUCCAGAGGUUCCCCACGGACGCCAGGGACGUUGCCGCCGUCUGCAGGAAGCUGUCCGAAAGAGCCAGACAGGAUCCGUCCGUCAGAGGAGUCUUUCAUUUCUCGGCUAAAGAGAAGAUGACCAGAUAUGAGAUGGCCGUCGCCAUCGCUCAGGCCUUCAACCUGCCGUCCAACCACCUCAUUCCCGUAAAUAUAUAUUUAUCAAUAUAUAAAACAACAUCUAUUCAUUCAUCUAUUCACUAA